AUGGUGCAGCCACUGUUUCUCCUCUGGCAGCCUGAAUGGAAACAGGAAGAGGAGCUUCCAGUCAGCCUUUCAGCUGCCCCUCAUACAACCAGCUACAUUUUAUUUCAAAUUGGUGUUGAUUCUAAUUUCUACAAAUGUGCAUCACAUAACACCUCACCUUGGCCACCCAGUUUCCCAAAAAGAAAGUGGGAAACACAUAAAGAGAUAAAAUAAAGGGGGAAAGUCUGCAUGGAAGGAAAAGGCACUGGUCAAUCCUGGAUGAAUGAAGAUUAAGAAAACUGCAUUUUAUUUCAGAAUAGGAAUCAGAACAAUGGUUCUCAGAAACAAAGACACUGAUUCAGUGAUACUAAAUUCCUCAUGAUGACAAGAAGUCAUAGAAUGUUCUCUGAAAUGCAAGCAAUUCAUUGAUAAUGACACAACCCAUCAUUAGAGUACAGUAUUCUGUGCAAGUUGUGCCUUUCCCUUAGUGAAAGUGCAAGGCAGGGGUAGCCAACACUGUCCUCUGGCUGUUGGACUACAAUUCCAAUCAGCCCCAGCCAGCAAGGUCAGGGGCAAUGGGAGUUGUAGUCGAACAAUAUCUGGCAGAGGGGUACCCUAGGUUAAGCAGAAGUAAAGUCCAAGGUGAAUAUGUUAUUUAUAGACAAAUAGGUGAGUGGUUGUUUUAAAUGUUGCCUUUAAUGCUGUAACCCGCCUGGGACUUUAGGGCAGAGGGUAGUAAAUAACUAAAUAAUUAUUAAGUUGCAUUUAUUUUUUACCAGUUUUAUUGUUUUAUUAAGUUGCCUUUUCAACAAUAGACGUCCCCCUGAAAGAGUGCAGUUUCUAUUUACGCUGAGCCCCAAAUGGUCUGUGCCACCAACCAAAAACGCUUGCUGGCCUUGAAGAGAAAUGGGAGGGGGCGCGCAACAACAUACACACCACCCUUUGCCAACCUGUUGCCCUCCAGAAGUUUGGGUCUACAACUCCCAUUACCCCAAACCAGCACACCAAUGAUAGCUGGGGGCUGAUGGGAGUUGCAAUGCAUGCCAUCUGGAGGGCACCAGGUUGGCGAAGGCUUCUAUCCGCACUGCAUAUCCAGGCAUGGCCAAACUUGGCCCUCCAGAUGUUUUUUGGGACUACAAUUCCCAUCAUCCCCGACCACUGGUCCUGUUAGCUAGGGGUGAUGGGAGUUUUAGUCCCAAAAUAUCUGGAGGGCCAAGUUUGGCCAUGCCUGAUGUGCAAUCGAAAGCCUGACUUAGGGCACCUCUCUCCCCCUCCCCCGCCGCCUGAGCCACGUCACUUUCACUUUCUUGCUGGGCUUCUUUAUCCUGGACUGACUCCGGAGAGGUGAGUCUGCUGCCCAUCGUCCUGUCCCCCCCGCCCCAAAUGCCUCUGCAACGCCAGCCAGCCUUGCCUAGAGACGGCAACGAGUAGGUCGUGGGCGGCCAAAGGAGGCGCCAUUAGGAGCUGGGAAGAAAGUAAUGUGCUCGCCUUCCAGUCCGCCGGAGUGUUUCCGCCGGUGGGGCCAAGCCUGGCCGCACUGUGGGCGGGGGAAAUGGGGCAACAGGGGCCACUUGAAACUGAAUAAACGACGAGGCAGCUGUUUAAUGCGACCCCCGCCCCGCUCGUGUCGCAAUGGACGGGGUGGCGGGAGGGUCGCGCCUGACAAGCCCACAAGGCCGCCUGGCGGCUGGGCGGAAUGGGAGGUGUUUUCCUGUAGGGGCGGAGAAGGGGAAGCUGAGAGGGACGGGCAUUUGGUGAGGAAGACUUACUCGAAACCUUUUGUGAAGAAAGAACAGUUCAGGCAGGACCUGGCUGAUGAUAAUGACCGAAGCCGAGCUGUAGAGCGCGUCUGAAAAGCUGGGGGUGUUUUGCUCAGAAGGGCGAGCGGGGGAGAAAGGGUUGUGGGAAGAAACCAAACUUGUUUUUGAGUAGUAGGUGAUUCCUUUCUAGUUCAUUAUGAUCCUAAUAAUAGUAAUAAUAAUAUUUAUUAAUUAUACUCAGCCCAUCCCGCUGGGUUUCCCCAGCCACUCUGGGCGGCUCCCAACAGAAUAUUAAAAACAUGAGAAAACAUCAAACAUUAAAAGCUUCCCUUAACAGGGCUGCCUUCAGAUGUCUUCUAAAAGUCAGAUAGUUGUUUAUUUCUUUGACAUUCUUUAAGGAUUUAAAGCAGUACCACGUCACUUUGACCUCAGACCUCGUGGGGGUCCAGACUAUAUUUUGAAAAUAAAAAUAAAAAUGAACGAAUUCCUAUGCCCCACAAAUAACCCAGAGAUGCGUUUUAAUUAAAAGCACACAUUCUACUCAUGUAAAAACACCAGGCAGGCCCUACAAAUAACCCAGAGAUGCAUUUUAAAUAAAAGGAUACAUUCUACUUAUGUAAAAACACGCGGAUUCCUGGACCAUUUGCGUGCCAGAUUUAGAAGGUGAUUGGGCCUCAGUUUGCCCACCCAUGCUUUAAACCAGGCAUGUCCAGCCAGGUCGAUUUAAUGCGGCCCCCGUGGUAGUAUAUGUCUUGGGGUAAAAUCUUUUAAAAAGCUGGUCGGACCUCAUGCAUGCUCACUUCAUCAAAUCUGGCCCUCUUUGAAAAAAGUUUGGGCACCCCAAAGAAGCCUGGGAACUGUAGUUUGUUAUGGGUGCUUUUAGGAGAUGCGUGUUCCCCAAACAGAACUACAAUUCCCAGGGUUCGUUGGGAAAAGGAAGUAAUUGUUAGAACUGCUCUGUGAACUGUAGCUCCAUGAGGGGAACAGGCAUCUCCUAACAACUCUCAGCGACCUUAACAAGCUAUGCUUCCUUCCCAGGUUGCUUUGAGGGAAGUAAUGACUGGCUUAAGUGGGAUAAUGCUUAUCUAAAGGUGUGGCGCUGAUGAGACCUCACUAGUGCUUGCUUCUAGAGGGCUGGGUCAAAAGCAAAAGCUUCUCAGUCUGCCACGCAUCUUGUGGACCCUUUAAACCCAAUUUCGGGCAAAAACGUCCUCGCUGCACGCUUCCACAGAACAUUAUUAAUACAGGACAAUCCUAACCACAUCUAUCAGAAGUAAGUCCUACUUAAUUAACUGGGACUUAGUCCCACAUAAAUGGAUUUGGAUUGCAGAUUUACAUCCCUUGUUCAGGCAGUACAGUUCCAAAGUGGUUCUUGUUUUGGAAAUAUGCAGUGACAGAUGUAAAUACGGAGUGGAUGGCUAGGUGGGCUGCUUCUGUGUAAUAUGGGUACGGUAAAGACCCACACAUGGAUCCUAAAGUCGGUAUGCGAUGUCAGUGUUAUUCCCUUCCCUUCUGUCCACCCGGAAACCUACAAAAUGUAUUCCAGAGGCCUUUCUCGUGUGAGUUACUGCAUGAUGGGCAGGCGACAUCUUUUCUUCUGGCACUUAAAAUGGUUCUUUGCUUGCAGCCUGGCUGUGAGCUGGCGAUGGAGUCAGGAGGAGGAGCCACAAUGCAGGACUUCCUACUAGACGCCUUAGAGGAUCUUGGCCAAGAAGAUUUUGAGAAGUUUAAGUUUAAGUUGCGUACUGCAGCAGCUCCCGGGGGUAAGAAUAUUCCACUUGGACGGAUGGAGAAGGCAACUCGGGAGAAGAUGGUGGAGCUUCUGGUUGAGUUUUAUGAGGAAGAGGCUGCUGCCCUGAUGAUAACUAUUUUUGAAGACAUUGGUCUCAAGUACAAUGCUUCUAAACUCAGCAAGGGUAUGGAUUUGUACUCACCUAGAUAUAAUGUGCUAUAUAAUUGACUGCAGUUCAGUAUAGCUAAUAAUCGCUUAGAGCAGGGCUCAGCAAACUUUUUCAGCAGGGGGCCAGUCCACUGUCCCUCAGACCUUGUGGGGGGCCGGACUAUAUUUUGAUUUUUUUAAUACGUGAACCAAUUCCUAUGCCCCACAAAUAACCCAGAGAUGCAUUUUAAAUAAAAGCACAAAUUCUACUCAUGUAAAAACACCAGGCAGGCCCCACAAAUAGCCCAGAGAUGCAUUUUAAAUAAAAGGACACAUUCUACUCAUGUAAAAACACGCUGAUUCCAGGACCGUCCGCAGGCUGGAUUUAGAAGGUGAUUGGGCCGGAUCCAGCCCCCGGGCCUUAGUUUGCCUACCCAUGGCUUAGAGGCUGUUCACCCACCCCUAGCUCUGCUCACCUCACAAUUUUACAAGUUCAUUGUAUUUUUAUUUUUCAAAAGUGACUCCUUUCUGUGGAAGUUCUCUGGCACAAAACAAAAAUUGCCAUUGCAGGUAACAAGAGGCUGGAAGGGAAAAGGGGAGGAAAGGAAACAGCAGCCCUUCACACAAAUCCUUUCCAGACUUGGGGUGACACAUUUUUUCUUUUUUUUUUACUGCUCUUCUGUGAAAAUCUGGUAUAUAUGAAAACUUGUUAUUUCUAAAAUAAAAUAAAAUAAUUUGGAACGUGUGCACACAGGUGAACACAUAUCUGUGAGCAAGCCUACAGGUGGCCUAGAUUUCCUGGCUUGGAGCCACACACACAUAUUUUAAAAAUUAUUUCUGACUGUUCUGUGUAAAUCUGGUAUAUUUUAAAACUUGUAUUUCAGUUUUUAUUUUUUUACAAAAAAUUAAAAGGUGCAUGUAGGGGUAAACAAAUACCUGCUUGCAUUCCCACAAGGGACCUCAGGUAUCCAGAACUUACCAUGGGCAGGAACAUACUAACUGAGGGGACAGGGACAGCAACAUACAGUGCAGUACAUCCCAUCAAGCCCCACUGCUAUUGAGGACUGGAAACACUGAGAUAGAUUUUAGAGGCAUAAAAUUGAAAUUGCUCCUCUGUGGAUGAAGGCAUACAUAUACACACAGAGAAAAUAAUUACUCGUGUUCACAUUAGUGCCCUGGUGUAGACACAGCCCAAGUGAAAAUAAUUCCUUUCUGACAGAAACCUUCCAAAAUGUUCUCAGAUAGCUUGGGGGGGGGGCUUACUUUCCUCAAGCCAUUCAACCAAGCAAAAUGUUUUUAAACACCGUCAGUUUACUUUCAUUUGCUAAAAUACAGUUCCUUCCAUUUGUUCUGAAACUACAUAGUAAAGGGAGGGAGAGACUUUUAAGCGCCAAUAAGAAGGAGGAAAUGAAAAGGAAGGAAAGAACUCUGAUCAGAUGGAGGGAUGAGGCAUGGUGGGCGCUGCAUAAAAUAGGGUUGGGAUGGGCACAUGGGGCUGCCUUGCUGCAGGUUGCCCACCUGUGAUGCAGAUGAUAUAGAACUGAAUUUGAUUCCAAAUGCUAGUUGACCUAAAGCCCCAAAGCCUGUCUCAAAGCUGGCCUGAACUCAGAUUUUCAGGAAGGGACUUGGUAUGUGCAGUGAUCCUUUCAACUUUCCUAUACAUUAUGAGCACCAGAGUUAAAAACCUACUGAUCGCAAUACAAAAAUGUCUGACCAGUUAUUUUAUUUCUUUUUCAGAGGUUGGGAAGCAAUUUCAAGGUAUGUAAGCACCUCAUCGUAAGCCAUUGUAAGUUUUAGUCUAGAAUUCAAGAUAAGUGGCUCCCUUGUCAUAACUUUUCGAAAGCAGCCUAGAGAGCCAAGAAGACUCUUGAGGCUCAGUAAUUUGUAGAAUAUGUUUGAAGGAGAAAAGCAAACAAAAUUGGAUAACCACAGGAUUGUGAGGCAUAACUGCAGAUAUCAGGUAAGCAUGGCCUCUGGAAGAUGUAAGUAUUUGCAUUGCUCUCUAAUUUGGGAAUAUUGCACUGUACCAGUAUUAAGAGGGGAGGGAGUGGUAAUAGAGAGCUGGUGCUAGACAGAACAGGACUAGAGUUAUUCUUCUAGCAUUGCCGAUGAGCUCUAAAAUGGUCAGUGGUGAUCAGCGUCUGGCCUCCCAAGAGAUUGUUUGUGGCUCCCAAAGAUUCCCCCACAUUUGAAUUUUUUAUUUUAAGUAAGCUUUCUUUAAUUGCUCGCUCCUAUGCCCCUCCUUUUCUUUUUUAAUCUGUUUAGUUUCUGCUCCCACAGAUAUACCUGUGAUGCCAAAAGGUUUUCUGUGUCCCCAAGCCCCUCCCUUCAAAGUUGACUUUUUAUUUAUUUUUUAAAAUACUGAUCACUCCCAGACAUCCCCUGCUGUAACCUUUUGAUGCCAAAAGGUUUUUCUGAAAACUUGUUCUUUCCAAUGCUAAUAAACAAAGACACAAAUUGACCACACCCACUUCCCCCUCUGUGACUACAGACACUUUUUUACCAGCAGUGUGCACUUUGACAUGCCCAUGAGUCAGUACAUUUUCAUAUAUAUCUUGUUUAUGAUGGGGAGAAAUACAGAUCCCAUAAAGUAGAGCCAAAGUGAAAGAGGUGUAUGCUAGUUUAGGUUUUCCUCAACGAUAGGAACAAUUCAGAAACAGUUCAGGCAAACGGUAUGCCUGAUUCAGGGUAUUUGAAUGUUUUAAUGUAUUUUUAAUAGUUUGUUGGAAGCCGCCCAGAGUGGCUGGGGAAACCCAGCCAGAUGGGUGGGGUAUAAAUUAUUCUUCUUAUUAUUAUUAUUAACUUUGCAAACUUGCAAACACAGACCUUGGUAGUCUUGAGCAAAAGAAAAGUUAUUUAACUCAGAGGGUCUGCAUAGACAAGGGACCACUGGGAAAUCAAGGGGGGCCUGGCAUCAGGCAAGCAUGUUGCAAUGCCAUGGCAGGUGGUUAAUCCUUCUCUCUGUCUAUACUAGAUUACAAAAAAAGGUAUGCUGAGAACGUGAAGGAAGAAUACUUGCUAACAGAGGACAGAAACAGUCUCUUUGGUGAGAGCACCCCAUUAAAUGCCCGCUAUAUAGAGUUACUUAUCAUCAAAAAACACCGGCCUCAGAAGCAGAGGGAACAUGAAUUGGUUGCUACUGGCAGGCUGCACAUGGACAUCUUGGAAACCAACAGUUCAAAUUAUUCAUCAACUGAUAUACAAAGCCUUUUUGAACCUGAUGAAUCGGGAAUAGCCCCAAGAACUGUGGUGUUGCAAGGACCUGCUGGUAUUGGUAAAACGAUGACCGUGCAGAAGAUUAUGCUGGGCUGGGCUGCUGGGGAGCUGUACCAGGACGUCUUUGACUACGUGUUCUGUAUUCGCUGCAGAGAACUAAGCCUUCCUGAAGAUGCCAGCAGCCUGGCUGACCUUAUUGUAGAUCAGUGUCAAGACAUGUAUGCCCCAGUGAAAGGGAUUUUAGCCCACCCUGAAAAGCUGCUUUUCAUCAUUGAUGGCUUUGAUGAGCUUUGUUGCUCCUUAGAGCUCAUAGGAGACAGUUUCUGUGAUGAUCCUUAUUCAAAGAUGUCCAUACAGGGUGUUCUGAGCAGCUUGUUGAGAAAGAAGCUUUUGCCCAAAUCCUACUUGUUAAUCACCACAAGACCUGGUGCUGCAGAGAAGCUGCAUGAGUGCUUGAAGUUUCCGAGAUUUGCUGAGAUCCUUGGAUUCACUGAGAAAGGUCGCCGUGAGUAUUUUUUCAAGUUCUUUAAAGAUGAUCAGAAAGCCAACCUAGCACUGAGAUUCAUUGAAAAUACCAGUGCAGUCUCCACCAUCUGCUUCAUCCCCAUGGUGUGCUGGAUCAUCUGCUCUGUCAUCAGAGUUGAACUGGAAACUGAAGACGAGAUUGCAGACACCUUGGACACCACAACAAAAGUCUUUGUACAGUUUUCUCACAAUCUUCUUAAGCAUGAUUCUGCGAAAUGGAAGAACUCCUCUCUGAAUGAGCUCGGAAGGCUCUGUUCCUUGGCACGGGCUGGCAUCCUGGGACAGAAAAUCCUCUUUGAGGAGCAGGAUCUCAAGGAGCAUCAUUUGGAGGUUUCUGCUCUUAAAGACCUCUUUCUAGACAGAAGAACAUUCCAGAGGGGGGUUGGCCGGCACAACCUGUACAGUUUUCUCCAUCUCUGCUUCCAGGAGUUUUUUGCUGCCAUGUGGUAUAUUCUGCAGAAGGACUCAACGGAAGUUUCAGAUAACAGUAUGGGGGACUUGAAGACACUUUUAGCUGAGUGCGAGAAGCCAGGCAAUGAGCAUUUAACAUUAACAGUAUGCUUCGUAUUUGGCCUGAGCAGUGAAAAGGUGCGCAUCUUUCUUGAGCAGACUCUGCAGUGCAAGACAUCUGACCUUGUGAAGCCUUUCUUGCUUCAGAGAGCAGAAGAAGUGGCGACUGAGGAGCCUCCUCGAAAAGGUCAUUGCCUGCUGAAGUUUUUCCACUGCCUGUUUGAGACCCAGGAAGCAGAAUUUGCAAACCGUGUGAUGCAUCAUUUCCAGAAUAUUAACCUUUCUUACCAGAUGCUCUCGGUGCUGGACUGCAGGGUUUUGGCGUUCUGCUUGCAGCACAGUAAAAUCGAGGAUCACUCCAUUGAUCUAACGUUUUGCAGGCUGAAGUCUUACCACAUGAGAGCUUUGGCUCCAGGAAUAAAAAACUGUACAACUUUAAAGUAAGUGAUGCCAUCAUAUUGUUUUUUUAGGAACAGCAAAUGCCAGGCAUUUCAGGAUUUGAGUGGAGAGCCUUUGGGUUGGGCACUGAUUUGUUUUUCCCUUUGUUACUAGGAUUACUUGUCAAAGGAAGACACUCCCAGACUCAAGCACACUGUGUUGUAGUGGUGGAAUAGCCAUGUAUUCACUUCUUCACCAUUUCUGAAACCAUAUGAAAUCAAUGUGGCAAUAUAUGCCUUGUAUAAAUGCCUUGCUGUCAGUAACCAUGGCUCAAAAUCCCUUCCAGUCUCCAUCUUUGGCUCAAAAGCUCAUGCAGUCUCCUUGUCCCCCUGCCUAGAAUAGUAUGCACAAGAAGGCGAAAAGCCCCUGGUUUCCUUGGCUUGAAAAUCCUAGACCAGCAAAGUCAUGCAUGUAGUUGGGAGAUGCAUACUGGGCUUGGAAAAAUAAAUGUUGAUGGUGGUGUAACUAAUGUAUUCCUGGUCACCAUUCUAUUUCUCAAUAGAAAUUUUGAAAUAAGGAAAUAAAGGCUAUAUUCCCAUACACACCUACGUGGGUGUAAAUCUCCUUGAACUCAAUAGGACCCUUCAGUAGCUAUGCAUAGGAGUGCAUGGAAGGAGUGUUAUUUUUCCACUAAGUACACAGGUGCCAGCCUUCCCCAUAAAAACUUUGUUCUGUUCUCUAACACCUAGAAUUGGUUGGCACUGUGGUAAGAGUGCCCAUCUGCUUGGCCGCUCUAGAGUUUCAUAGAACUCAAAAACUUGCAAUUAGAAAUCUCUGUGUGUUCAGUCAAAACAAAUUUCACCAUAGAUUCCAAUUUGUAUUACAGCUACAUUUUAGUUUUGACAGAAUUCUGGCUUGUGGUUGUUUUUGGACCAGAAACAGUACCAUGGUUGGAGAACAGAAGGAACGCAUUGGGGAGCAAUAAGUGUGUAGGGGCAAGGAAGGGAAUAGAGCGUGGGAUCCUUCUUGCCCAUAGCACCCUCAGAAAGCCACUUCCUCAUACACAAACUUUUAGUAAUCCCUAAUUUUCAAGUAUUUCUCUGUAAAUGGCUAGAAGCCUGUUCUUUUCAUAAGGAAGUGGAGAUUUCACACUUCUGUGUGAGCUAUUAAGUUUCUACAUUGGAUGGUCCAGUUCCAACUAUGCAGACCCACCUUCUUAUAUUCCUCCUAGAUUUUGAAGAAUCAGCCCUGAAUCUUUUUUCGUCUUUCUCAUUCUCUGUCUUUCUCAUUGUAGCUUUGGAAGUAACAAACUUGGAAACUCAGGAGUGCAUGUUCUCUGUGCCACUCUGAAGGAACUAGACUGUAAUGUGACCACACUAAAGUAAGUAACAAGGGAGCAGAGACACAUACAAAAAGUUGGGUGUAUGUAUGACAUCUUUGUGGGCUUGGAGUUCAGAUUAUUUGCUAUCUGCGCACUAUUCCAAUGGGGUGCAGGGUCUGUGGGAGUCUGGAUGCAACUAGCUGGCAGUGAGAGAGAAAUUUCACAGUGGGAAGGGUUUUUAGACACAAGUAGCCAGACACUGGUGCUGAGAGCAGGCUGCAAAGACAGAGUAAGGUCUGGGAACAAGACCAACAGGACCAGGGACAGCUCCACAUCAGCAGACAAGUUGUCUCCAGGAGAUACAGAGCUCAUCUCCUUAUAAUUUCCUCUUAAUAACUGCUCAAGUCCCACUUCCAAGUAAAGUGGGGGGAGGAAAGCACUCUGGCUCAGUAGCUUCCUAGUAUGCCUUCUGGCACAUAAGGCAAUGAGGAAAGAGGAAUGUUAGGCAUUCCUCAUACUGACUAUUCAAGCUGGCAACUUGGCUUCGAGUUGCAAGUUAAAUUCUGGAAGUAGACUGAAUAAUAGUUUGCUUGUAACUAUAUAUUCCUUUGAGUCUGUUCUCACCAAAGCUUUGAGGAAAGGAUAAUAGUGCUUAGACGUAGUGUGUGAUCUGCCUAUGACCUUGCGUCCAUUUUGUCCCUGCCAGUCUUCAUGAGAAUUACCUCACAGAUGCUUGCUCCCAAGAACUUUGCACUAUUCUGAGCACCAGCCACACGCUCUGCACCCUAAACCUUCAAGACAACUCCUUCUCAGAGGUUUCUGUGCCUUUCAUCCGCCACCUCAUGGAGAUCUGCCCCAGCCUGACUGUUCUGUUGUAAGUGCUGAUAAAGGGUGGGAGAGAGAACUAACCUUGCCUUCCAGGAAACUGAUAGGAUUGCUUUGCUGUUGUCGCUCCUGAGGCCAAAGAAGUGAAGUGGCAGGAUGGGAGGAGUAUUUUGACUGAAUGGCAAAGGAUUAAGAGCAGGUUUCUCAGAGCAUAUCUGACCUUACAACUUGUCACCAGAAGAGUUUGCUCUUUAUAAGCAGAUUUCAACAUAACAAAUACACACAUUUAUGCUGAAAUCACACACAUUUCCAUCCAGAAACAGAGGGUGAUUAAAAGAAAAGGGAAAUUGCUGUUUCCAGUUCCUUUACAUGGGAAUAAAAUGGUUUGAGCACAUGAUGUAAGGCCAAAAGAUGAAGCCAGUAAAACUUUCCAUUCUGCUAGCACGCUCUCCUCCUGCUCUCAUUUAGGUCCAACAUAGAGAUUGAUAGUUGUGUAACCACCCAGUUCAUCCCACCAGAUUUGCUCCUGGCCAACUGAAGACAUGCUACAGACUUGCCAGAUUCAAUUAAAGCUAUGGUGUCUUGGACGUAGGAAGAGAAGGAAAGAAAGAAAGAAAGAAAGAAAGAAAGAAAGAAAGAAAGAAGUUGUGAUGAUGCUUCUUGCUUGCCUCAAGGAUACAUUGCAGCCAAGCAAACACACUUGAGGCUUUGCAACAGUGUCAGUGAGGAAGAGGGAGAGAGGAAAUACAACCUAAGUAAGGAGAGUCCUGAGUGCUGGAGGGCUGCAUUUGGCUUUUGGGCUUGAGAUUCCCUUCCCCUGCCUCAGUCACAUAUGUCGAGCUCCUGCAUACCCUUAAAACAUAUCACUCACUUCAUUACCUUAAGUUAAAUCACUGGAUCCUUCCUUUCUCUGCUGCUCACUUCAUAUCAUAGGAUAUGAAGACAGAAGGUAGCAUUGCAGCCCACUCAUAAAAACUGCAGCUUCAGAUCCUGGUACAGUGGUGCCUCAGGUUAAGUACAUAAUUCGUUCCGGAGGUCCGUUCUUAACCUGAAACUGUUCUUAACCUGAAGCACCACUGAAGGAAUGGGUUUCUGUGUAGCAAGUUUAAAACUGACUCAACCCCCCCCCCUUUUGUUCUUUCAAAAGAGAGCAUUUUAAAAUGCGUAAAACUUGAGCUGUUGAUUAAAAGCAUAAUAAGGACACAAUUGCAUAAACAAGCUCUCUCCUUUAUCAGUCACGGGGAGAGAUGACCCUGACUCUUUAGGGGAACAAAGAAAACACGUCAAUACUUUAUCUUAUGUGCUCACCACAAAAUACGUGGGGACCGAUGUCCGGGAAAAACGCCAAAAGCGUGUUCCCGGAGAUCAUGACCUCUUCCAAGAUAAGAGUAGGAACAGGAAUAUCCUUUUAUGGUCAGGAGUGCAGGAAGGAAAUCCCUUUUAUGGUUAAGAGUGCCGGAGCAGGAACAUCUGUGAUGUCAACCUGCGUGUACAAGCUGACGUGACUGGGGAAGGGGGAGAGGUGCCUGGAGGAUAUAUAUACUGCAUGAAACUUGUCAUUUCUUUGGACUUGCUGUGGACUUGAUCACGCAAGUGCCUUCUGCUAUCCGGAGAGCAGAAUAAACUCUUUCUUUGAACCAACUCAGUGUCAUUUGACUUCCUUCCUCCUGUCCCAGAGCAAUGCAGACCCAGUCGGUGAACUCCAAUAAGGCUACACCACUUUAGCUAAUGGGGCCUCCUGCUGCCGCUGCGCCACCAGAGCACAAUUUCUGUUCUCAUCCUGAAGCAAAGUUCUUAACCCGAGGUACUUUUCUGGGUUAGCGGAGUCUGUAACCUGAAGCGUACGUAACCUGAAGUGUGUGUAACCCGAGGUACCACUGUAUUCAUUUGUACUCAUUUCUGGUUAUCUUUCCUUUUCUUCCAGGUUGGGUAGUAAUGGAUUUGGUGAAAAAGGAAGGAAACGCUUGAAACAGCAAGAGAAGAAGUUAACUAAGUCAGGACGUCCUUUUUUGUUGUGGCUGUGA